UGCGCGCGCAUCCAGGCAGCCUCUCCAUUACUCACCAUUGCAAUCCGCGGAGGCACAGCCGACGUCAUCUUUAAUCAGAAAAAUAUGCGGGUUCUUCGGAGCAGCAAGCCACGCUCCUGCAAUUCCUCAAACUCCUGCAAAUCAAGUGUCAACAAACAGCGUCCGUUCAAAGUGCCGCUUCCUGACCUGUUUCAGACAGAGGCACUACACCGUGAUAUCCUCAACAGGAAUAAAACAGCAUUCAACCAGGUUAUUGAGCGGUACAUUUCCCUGGCACACGGACUUCCUCCUCCACUAGAUGAAUGUCCCUACCAGUCUCCACACAACAGCAAAAACAAACCAAGUUCAACUCCCUUAUACCCCCAGAAGAACCUUUCCAGGACAGGUGCAACCAUAAAAACCAGCACUGUCUCCCCAGCGAUCUCAUUGAGGCAAGAUUCAUGUUGUGAUGAGGAUGAUCUUGUUAGAGAAGUGGAGGAAUCACUGCAGAGGAGGAAACAACAGCUUGGGUUAAGUGAUGACUUUAUAUGUGAGGAGAUAGAGGAUAAUGAGGUUGAUGAGGAUGACCCCACUUGGGAUGGCUCUCAUUACCAUGUCAGGGUGAAUUUACCCACCAGAUUGCAUAAAAAGAGAAAACUUUCUGAUAAUCUUAUUACAAACACAGUGGGGUCAUCUGAUGAAAACAAGUCUCGAAAGAAAGCAAAAGCACCUGUGGAUGAAGUAAGCCUUUCCCAAAACAAAACUGCUGAUUUGAGGAAGCUUUCUGUGCAGGAGAGGCUUUCAGAUGUGAGCAACUUACCAAGAAGAAGAGGUAGACCUCCCAAAAGAAAGUCAGUGUUGGAGGUGAAUGAUGAGGGUAAUAUAUCAAAGAAAAGAUGUAGAUUGCCCAAACAAAAGUCAGUGCAGAAGGUGAGCGUUGAGGGUGAUACAUCAAGGAAGAGAGGUAGACAGCCCAAAGCAAAAGUGGCGGCAGAGAGUCAAGGAAAUCUGAGACAGAACAACCCAAGGAAUGAACCCAAACGGAGAGGCAGGCCACCCAAGAAGAAUAAAACAUUGAGUGUGAACCCCACCAAAGACGGAACCUCAAACAAAAGGUCACCUGAUGAAAACAAUGAACCCAAACGGAGGGGCAGGCCACCCAAGAAGAAUAAAACAUUGAGUCUGAACCCCACCAAGGACGGAACCUCAAACAAAAGGUCACCUGAUGAAAACAAUGUGCCACAAAAGAGAGGCAGACCAUUCAAACAGAAAGCAACAGGGACUCUUAAGAUCCACACUCAAAACUGUAGUGUAGUGCUGAGAAGGCUUGGUGGGGGCAGUGAGGGCAUCCUGUCUGUAAAUAAAACAAAUGAAACCAGGACAGUGUGCAGUAUUAGAGGUGCAGAAGAGGAGGAGGAAAGACCUCAAGAGAGCAGUGAUAGUAGUGUGAAGUUGGUGCAGGAGGCAGUGGGAGGGACUGCUGGUAUUCUGCAUAGGGUGGAAUAUGGGAAGUAUAUAAUCUGCCUCCUUGACACCAUGGACACGAUGCUUAUCACGGUAAAUGAAAACUCGCCCAGUGAAACUAGUUCUGGCAAAGAAACAGAAGCAACUACACGAAAGACUUCCAAAAAAGAGAAGAAAAAAGCCCAAGGAAGAAAACAGAGUACAAGAACUCAUACUGGCAGCAACAUGGAAGCAAACACACAAGUAGAACAAACUGUCAGCAAAAUUACUAACAUACAGAAAAGAAAAAAGGUUGGUCAAACAGCUAAAAAAACUAACAACAAAGAAAAAGAGAAAAAAGCCAUAGAAAAACAGCAGACAGUGGAUAAGAAAGCAAGGAGUAGCACAAGAACUGAAUCCUCACUCCAUCAUAAGGCGAUGCAACAGUCUGAGUCAACUGUUGAACAUCCUACAGUGAAAAAGAUGGGACAGAAUAACAGCCGAAAAAGGGAGCACAUCUCAAACGCAGUCAAGUCAUCGAAGAGACAAAGGAAUGAGUCAAGCGUGCCCGCCAAGGCUUCUGUUGCAACACACCUGGCCAUAGAUGCCAUGUUGUCACCUGGGCAGAAUAGCGGCAUUGUUCCCAGCAGUGAAGGCAAUGUGCUGAAGAGAUUACAUGUUGAUCCAGAUGCAGGAACAGAUAAAGUUACAGGUCAGUUUAUGCAGCAUGAACCUCCGAACACUGGUGAAUCACCAAAUCAGCCAAAGAAAGCAUGUGACCUAGAAGUCUCUGACAGAAGUCUUUCUUCCGAUGGGUCAGAGUCAGAGUCACAGUAUGAAGAUGGAUCGCUUACUGAUAGUGAUGAAGAUGACAUGAUUUCAGAAUUUAGUGCAACCCAGAAAAAGAAGAGCUCCCUCCAUCAGACACGAGAAAGGCUGAAAAGAAGGAAUUACAGACCAAAGCACAGAGAGUCAGUGAGCAAAGUUAUAUUCGAUAAUGACAAUGACAUCCUUAUUAUGGAACCGCCCAAGCCUGUGCCCAUGUCAGAAAACAAGAAAGACAACACAAAUUCUGAAAACAGCCAGAGCACGAAGGGGGUGCAAGGCAGACCCUUCAUGGAAUCACCAUAUGUUUCCCUGAAGACCCAAAGAGCCAAUAGGAGAGCUGCAGGUGGACACCAGCAAAGCCUGACCACUAGCAGUUCCUUCAUCCAAGGCCUCAUCAAGAACUCCAUCAUGAAGAAUGUUCCAGAGAUGAUGACUUCGGCCUCAACCAGGGUACCAGUGGACGGUCAAACGGAGGAGGAACCUGACCCUGAGGACAUGUGGGAUCUCCUGCCAGCCCUCCCCCAGCAGUCCUCCAGCUCCCUUGCCGCAAGGGCUGCCAAGACCAGCCUGCAAGAAUCUGGCAUAACGGAGACUGCAGCCACGGCUCCAGAGAGGCCAACAACUGUCACCAGCACCAACAUUAGUGGUGCAGUCAUCACAUCAAAGGCCUCCAAGGUAAUGAGGAGUUUUUGGAUAGAAAGUGAAGAAGAGGAAGAGGAUAAAGACACAGAAGACACAGAGUCACUCUUCAUGCCCACACUCCCCGUGGCCUCACAGCUGAUCCAAGAGAGCACCGUGCUUCCCAGCUACAGCUCCCUUGGCCCCGAGCACUGGAUGUCAGUAGCUAGAGCUAUGCAGAAGCGAAAAAAGAACUCCUUCCUGAGACUUACAUUCCUGUAAAAAUGCUGCAUAAGUCUUACGGUAAUCUAAUAUUUAAUAUUAUGUUGUGUGUAGAUUAAUAUUGAUCAGAGGAUUUAAUUUUAAUAAUGUCUAUUUUUUUCACAUUUAGUAUGUAUCGCCUGCCUCCAAGGAGGGCGAUGUUAUUGAUUGUGUGGAUA